AUGGCCCAAGGAAGCGAUUUACAGACAUUGCGUGAUCUCACUGAAAGGACAAUAAGAAAUAGCGACGUACAGCCGGAUGAUUCGGUAAGCAACAUUGGUUCAGAAAACUACUCACGUUUAUCAUUGCGCUCGCGCGCUAGUUCAAGAUCGUCGACACGUAGUUCUGCCAGUGCAAAGGCUAGAGCCAAACGAGCUGUUAUUGAAGCCGAAAUAGCCUUGAUUCAGCGUUUUUGUGCGAUCGAAGAGGAAGAACUCCGUUUGCAACAAAGGAAAAGACAAUUGGAGCUGCAAAAAAACUUGGCUAAAGCCGAAGCGGAAGAACGGGCUUAUGCAGAACAAGAGGAACUAGAAACGUUUCAUACCAUAGACCAAACCGGACCAGACCAGACUAGCCUAAUUAACCAGGAACCAGAACGAAGCCGAUUCGAGCAAUCAGUGCUGGCAACGAAAGAGUUGGACGAUAAACUGAAGGCGGAAAACGCGCGUGCGGAUGAAGCGAUCCAAAGAAUCUCUUUGGCCCAAAUCCAAACACAGGAAAGGCAUAGUGCUAAGUCAGAAUCACCACACUCCUUGCCAAGCAACCCUUAUCCCCAAAACGUACCGCGGAACGAUUACACCCCACACAACACUCAGCCUGUUAGGAACGGUGGAGAUAUAUUUGUAAAAUUGCUCGAGUCUCAAGACCGUCAGAGUCACAUGUUCAAUCAACUCCUCCAGCAGCAACAAGCCAGCAUCAAUGCCCUGACCCUUCCUCAUCCUGAUCUUCCCCUCUUCGACGGUGAUCCUACCAAGUACUGCGACUUCAUACGAUCGUUUGAGAACUUAAUCGAGAUGAAAACUAGUAGUCCCAGUUCUAGAUUGUAUUAUUUGGUACAGUAUACAACCGGACAGGUUCAAGAAUUAAUGCGCAGCUGUCUCCCGAAGAAAGACGGCGAAGGAUAUCGUGAAGCCAGAAAACUGUUGUCGGAACGGUUUGGUCAACCAUAUAAGAUCGCCUGUGCCUUGGUUGAUAAGAUCGCGAAUGGGCCCACGAUUAAAGCUGAUGACGGCGCGGGUCUCCAGAAACUGUCCGUUCAGUUAACCAGCUGUAGUAAUACUCUAACAGAAAUCGGUUAUGUGAGCAAGCUUCAAAAUCCAGACACCUUGAAAAAAAUCGUGGAUCGCCUGCCCGUGAGCCUCAGGGUAAAGUGGCGAGAGUUAGUUGACGUCAUCAUUCAAAGGGAAGAUCGGGAAUUUACCGUCAAAGAUCUAACGGACUUUGUUGUCGCAAGAGCUAGAGUAGCAAACCAUCCUAUCUUCGGAAAGAUACACAACGAUGGCAAGAAUCCAGGGAAUGUGAACAACCAAAGACCGCAACACAAAGCAAGGAACUAUGCGACAGAUGGUUUCCAACGCAACAACAGAGAUGGACCUAAGCAAGGUUUAAAGUGUCCUUCUUGCGAAUCAAACCACUGGUUAUCGCAAUGCCAAGCCUUUAAGAAGUUGACUGUUGAAGAUCGCCAUAAACUAGUUCGCAGAAAGAACCUCUGCAUCAAUUGUUUAGUCAGCGGACAUUUUGUUAAAGAUUGCCCAAAGGGAAGCUUCUGUCGUGUGAGUGACUGCAAGGAGAAGCAUUCAACAUUCUUGCACCCGAAGCGGACGAGGGAAGCCUUGGAGCCAAAGAAGGACAAGCAAGAGGAAACUCCCGAUCCCCCGCCAAAGCUAGAGGCGGGAAAGGAAGAAGUUGUCAACAAGGAGCUAAUUAAUGGCUAUGUUAAAAUCAAAAGCGAAAGUCAACCUGUUAUCAAAGGUUUGUCUACCACUGGUCUAGCAGUCGUUCCUGUUAAAGUAAAAGCCAAAGGCACAAACAAGACGAUUGAAACGUACGCGUUUUUGGACAAUGGCUCGAACACAUCAUUUUGUACCGAGAGGCUAUUGGAGCAACUCGAAAUCGACGGUAAAGCCACGGCCGUGUCUCUGACAACGAUGGAAAGCGUGAGUAAGGCAGUCGAAUGUUCGUCCGUGAAUUUAAAGGUUUUUGAUCUCGAUGAAAGGAACUUUGUUGAGCUAUCGAAUGUUUUCUCGAGGCCGCGUCUGCCUGUGUCGAAAGACUGCAUAGCUAACCAAGGCGACGUUAAACGUUGGCCGCAUCUAACUGGGAUCAAAAUCGAAGAGAUCGACGCGGAGGUUGGAUUGUUGAUUGGAAGCGACGUACCUGAAGUCUUGCAGCCCCUAGAGGUGAGAAAGGGCAACAACGGUGGUCCAUUUGCUACACGUACUAUCUUUGGAUGGGUUCUAAACGGACCAUUGGGCAGAAGAGUAAAUCAGCCACCCACGUCAAAUUUCGCUGAUGCAAACCCGACAUUGGAGCUGACCAAGCAGUUUGAGAAGUUUUGUAACAUGGAAUUCAAUGAUUCGGUGUAUGAUCCCAAAACAUCCCUGUCCCAAAACGAUCGAAAGGCAAUGAGAAUAAUGGAAGCCAGCGUUAAGCUCAAGAACGAUCACUAUGAAAUAGCGCUUCCGUGGAAGAACUAUCCGCCUUGUUUAGAGAACAAUAAACCCGUCGCUGAACACCGUUUGAAUCUGCUUAAGAAGCGACUGCAACGUGAUCCAACACUGUUGUCGAAGUACGCAGCAUUCAUGGAAGAUCUCCUGAGCAAAGGUUAUGCCCAAUGUGUGCAAGAUAACAAGACAGGGCCUCUCAAUACGUAUUGGUACCUUCCGCACCAUCCUGUUUUCCACCCUAAGAAACCCGAAAAGACCAGAGUGGUGUUCGACUGUUCAGCCAAAUAUCGGGGAACAUCCUUGAACGACCAGCUUCUACAGGGGCCGGACUUGACAAAUUCGCUCGUGGGAGUUCUCACUCGUUUUCGCGAAGAAAGGGUCGCCCUUACAUCCGAUGUUGAAGCAAUGUUCCACCAAGUGCUAGUUCGACCAAGUGACUGCGAUGCGCUACGUUUUCUUUGGUGGCCAAAUGGAAAUCUCAGUCAACCUCCUGAAGAAUUUCAAAUGAGAGUGCAUCUGUUCGGUGGAGCGUCUUCACCCAGUUGCGCCAAUUUCGCGUUGCGUAAGACUGCUGAAGACAACAAGGAAGAGUUCGAUCCUGUCGCAAUAGAGACUGUCAACAAGAAUUUUUAUGUCGAUGAUUGUCUUAAAUCGACUGCGACCGACGCUGAAGCAAUUCGACUUGCAAGCCAACUUCGACAACUUCUCGCGAAAGGAGGUUUUCGAUUGACCAAAUGGAUGUCGAAUUCGAGGGAGGUGAUGAAGUCCUUACCCGAAUCUGAGAGAGCCCCAUCGGUGAAGGAGUUGGACUUCGAGAAGGAAAAAAUAGAAAGAGCUCUUGGCCUCCAGUGGAAUGUCGUCUCCGAUCAAUUUGGAUUCAAGAUAAUCCUGAAAGAAAGACCACAGACGAGAAGGGUAAUACUGUCGAUUGUAUCUUCGAUCUACGAUCCGUUGGGAUUUGUUGCCCCGUUCAUCUUCCAAGCCAAAUUGUUCCUGCAGGACUUGUGCCGCAAGAAGCUGGAUUGGGAUGACGUAAUAUCCGAAGAAGACCAAAAACGAUGGAAGAUGUGGCUUGACGACCUGCCGAAGCUCGAGAACGUUGUUAUCAACAGAUGUCUGAAACCGGCCAACUUUGGUGACAUUACCUCCUGCCAGGUUCACAAUUUCUCCGACGCCUCGCAAGUGGGAUAUGGCGCUGUGACAUAUCUCAGGUUAACAGACAACCAAGGCAACGUGAGUUGUUCAUUUGUUAUGGGAAAGUCUAGAUUGGCUCCUCUCAAGUCCAUAACAGUUCCAAGAAUGGAACUAUCAGCUGCUGUUCUAGCCACAAGAUUGGACAAGAUAACAAGACAAGAAUUAAGUAUACCGGUGGAUGAGUCAUUUUUCUGGACUGACAGCACGUGUGUUCUGCGGUACAUAGAGAACGAUAGCAAACGUUUUCAAACCUUUGUUGCUAAUCGUGUGGCAGCAAUUCGAGAUUCAUCUUCGCCAUCCCAGUGGAAUCACGUAGCUACACAGCUAAACCCAGCAGACGAAGCGUCUCGUGGAGUACCAGCCGAUGAAAUGCAACGUUGGAUACAUGGUCCAGAAUUUCUGUCUCAACCAAUGGAUAGCUGGCCUCGAAGACCUGCAGACAUUGGAGGUGUUCCCAGCGAUGAUCCAGAAAUAAAAGAGAGUGCAAAGGUUUACGCGACUACUACGACUUCGGAACACUGGAUAUCAAAAAAAUUUGAGCGAGUUUCGUCAUGGAACAAGCUGAAAAGGGUAGUUGCAUGGGCACUACGCUAUAAAUCCAUCUUACGAGAACGUACUAAAGACAAGCCAAUGGAUGAUCUCCUGCCCGAAAUCAACCGGACUGUUGUCAAAACUAUACGACCGAUGAGCGUGUCCGAAAUCAACGAAGCCGAGAGAGAAAUCCUACGAUUGGUCCAGAGAGAAUCUUACCACGAUGAGCUGACGAGUGCAACCUAUACGGAGCAACCAAAUUCUCAUGGAAGAUCCAAAUCGAUAAAGAAGAGCAGUUCCGUAUAUAAGCUGGAUCCUAUGCUAGUUAAUGGCCUUCUCUGCGUGGGCGGACGAUUACAACAGGCACCAAUAGAUGACGAGGCUAAGCACCCAAUCAUCCUCCCGAAGAAGCACCACAUCGUCACAUUAAUCGUACGACAUUUCCACGCCUUAUCUGGACAUUCUGGAACAGAGCACACCUUAUCGCUAAUCAGACGCCGUUACUGGAUCGUAAAAGGGAGAUCGAGCGUACGCAGUAUCCUUAGUCUCUGUUUUGACUGCAAGCGACGACAGGCACCAGUGCAACAACAAAAAAUGGCAAGUUUACCGGUUGACAGAGUUACGCCAUCACAACCGCCCUUUACGUGCGUCGGAGUCGAUUGUUUUGGCCCUUUCGUUGUAAGGCGCGGAAGAAGUGUCGUGAAACGGUAUGGGGUUCUUUUCACAUGCCUGGCAAUUCGAGCAGUUCACGUCGAAGUCGCUCAUUCAUUGGAUACAGCGUCCUUCAUAAAUGCUUUGAGGAGGUUUAUCGCGAGACGGGGAACACCUAAGGAAAUGCGCUCGGAUAACGGCGGCAAUUUUAUUGGCGGGGAAAAAGAGUUACGGGAAGCGAUAUCCGAAUGGAACCAAACCCAAGUCCACGAGUUUUUAUUACAAAGGGAUAUUAAGUGGACUUUCAAUCCCCCGGCUAGUUCCCAUUUCGGUGGCGUAUGGGAGCGAUGUAUCAGGACAGUGCGCAAGGUCCUGAACGCACUACUCAAGGAACAGGUUUUAGAUGACGAAGGAUUGGCUACGUUAAUGUGCGAAGUAGAGUCGGUAAUUAAUGGACGGCCCAUUACAAAAUUAUCGGACGAUCCUCGUGACUUGAGCCCUCUUACCCCAAACCACCUGCUGCUGCUACGUUCUGGACCAGUUGUACCACCAGGAAGUUUCGUGAAGAACGACAAGUACGGUCAACGCAGAUGGCGUCAGGUGCAAUAUCUAGCAGAUAUAUUUUGGCGACGAUGGACUCGGGAAUAUUUACCGAUGUUGCAAGAAAGGCAAGUGUGGAAUAAAACCUGGCAGAACAUAGCAGUCGAUGAUGUUGUCCUGGUAGUCGAUGAAAAAACACCUCGUGGAUCGUGGCCGUUAGGACGAGUGUUGGAGGUUCAUUCCAACCGAAAGGACGGGCUCGUGCGAUCGCUGAAAGUGAAGACCGGUACUACAGUACUGACAAGAGCCAUCUGCAAGAUCGUUCUGCUGGAAGCAGCUGGUACAUUGAACGAUAAGUAG